GUUAGCAUUACCCUUGUACCAUGGAAGUUGUAUUAUCUUUCACAUAACGGGGUGGUAAACUAUCUGCUCAAUCCAUGUACAAAAUCUCAAACCUUUCGAACUUAGCAAACUCUCGCUUCCCCACAAGAACAAAAGCAUCAAAAUUACUAGUCAUCUUCCAGGCCAAAAACAUCUUCUUUUCCACAUUUUCCUCUUCAUCAUCCACUACAACGCCAACUCCAUCUCUUGCUGUCCCAACUCACGAACGAAUUGUCCAUCUCAUUUUAGACCAAAAAUCAGCACCACAAGCUCUUCAAACCUUCGAAUGGGCAUCAAAGUUACCAAAUUUCACACACUCUCAGUCCACAUAUCGAGCUUUAAUCCACAAGUUGCUGACUUUUCGUCGAUUCCAUACUGUUCAACAUCUGCUCGAUGAAAUGCCUAAAUCAAUUGGCUUGCCCCCUGAUGAAUCGAUUUUCCUCACAAUCAUUCGUGGGCUUGGAAGGGCUCGAAUGAUUCGUGAUGUUAUUAAAGUUCUUGACUUGGUAACUAGGUAUGGCAAGAACCCAUCUUUGAAAAUUUUUAAUUCAAUACUUGAUGUUCUUGUUAAGGAAGAUAUUGAUUUGGCUAGGAAGUUUUAUAGGAAAAAAAUGAUGGGUGCUGGCAUUCAAGGUGAUGACUACACCUACGGGAUUUUAAUGAAAGGGCUUUGCUUGACUAAUAGAAUUGGUGAGGGGUUUAAGCUGUUGCAAGUUAUCAAGUCCAGGGGUUUAAAGCCUAAUGUUGUUAUUUAUAAUACUUUACUCCAUGCACUUUGUAACAAUGGUAAAGUUGGGAGGGCAAGGAGCUUAAUGAAUGAGAUAAAGGAGCCUAAUGAUGUGACUUUCAAUGUGUUGAUUUGUGGGUAUUGUAAAGAAGAUAAUUUUGUUCAAGCUCUAGUGUUGUUAGAGAAGAGUUUUUCUUUGGGGUUUGUACCAGAUGUCGUUACAGUGACUAAGGUGGUGGAGAUUCUUUGCAAUGUAGGUCGCGUGACAGAGGCUGUUGAGAUAUUAGAGAGAGUGGAGAGCAAAGGAGGUGUAGUUGAUGUUGUAGCUCAUAACACCUUGAUAAAGGGAUUUUGCAAGUUUGGAAAGGUGAAACUUGGUCAUGGUUUAUUGAAGGAAAUGGAGAGAAAGGGAUGUCUUCCUAAUGCAGACACCUAUAAUGCAUUGAUCUCUGGUUUCUGUGAGUCAGGAAUGUUGGAGUCAGCUCUUGAUAUGUUUAAUGAUAUGAAAACAGAUGGGAUCAAUUGUAAUUUUGUUACAUUUGAUACGUUAAUCAAAGGUUUGUUUUCAAGAGGGAGGACUGAAGAUGGAUUUAAGAUCUUAGAACUUAUGGAAGAGACAAGAGGAGUUUGUGGGGGUAGCAUUAGUCCUUAUAACAGUGUUUUAUAUGGUCUUUACAGGAAAAAUAUGUUGAAUGAAGCACUUGAGUUUCUAAUGAAGAUGGAGAAUUUAUUUCCAAGAGCUGUUGAUAGGAGCUUGAGGAUAUUAGGGUUUUGUGAGGAGGGUGCCAUUCAGGAAGCUAAGAGGGUUUAUGAUCAAAUGAAUAAUGAAGGUGGAAUUCCAAGUGCUCUUGUCUAUGACUGCCUAAUCCAUGGAUUUUGCCAAGAAGGGUGUGUCCGAGAAGCAUUAGAGCUGAUGAAUGAGAUGGUUUUCCUUGGUUAUUUUCCUGUUGCAUCAACAUUCAAUGCUCUUAUUAGUGGGUUUUGCAGGUUAGGGAAAGAUGGGAGUGCUCUGAAGCUACUUGAGGACAUGGUUGGGAGAGGCUGCGUGCCCGAUACAGGAAGUUAUAGCCCUCUGAUUGAUGCUCUUUGUAGGAAGAAGAGUUUUCAAAAGGCUGCGAGUCUCCUCUUACAAAUGGUAGAAAAUGGUAUAACUCCUGAUUAUUUGAUAUGGAACUCUUUGUUUCAUUGUCUCAGUCAACAAACUAACUGGUUAGAAAGCAAUAAUAUGUUCCGUGUACACAACCUGGUAGAACAAAUUGUUGAGAUUUGAUUUUUUUUUUCCUUCUUUUUUGAUAAGCGAUUGAGAUUUAAAUUAUUGGCCCAUUGGUAAUAAGAUGAUGGUAUUGCCUUUGUUGACAAAGAA